UCUCCCUCCAAAUUUAAAACAAUACCCUAAACCGAAAAAAACAGCACCGAAUCGUCCCCUUCUCUCUUUUCUUAUUCCCCAAAUCGUCUUUUUCCCCCAUUAAAUCAGAUUCCUAAAAAAAUAAAACAUUUUAAACCCCCCAAUUUCUCCUUCUUCAUAGCCCAGAACUCCAAAUUUUCCUCCAAAUGGCACCGGUCGAUCCCCACUCAUUCACCGAUUCAACUCACCCUUUAACCACCCACAUCGCCCUCACUCUCUACUUCCACUUCCCCUCCUCCACCAUCCACGCCACCGCGCUCCUCACUCUCCAAACCCCGCACACUGGCCAGCUCUCUCUCGACACUCGCUCCCUCACCAUCCACAAAAUCCUCGACCCUGAAACCCUAACUCCCCUCCCUUUCACCCUCUCCUCAUCCGAACACCAAAUCAAUGGCCGCCACCUCACAGUUUCCCUCAACAACCACUCCUCUAUUCUCAUCCUCUACUCCACCUCCCCUUCCUCUUCCGCCCUCCAAUGGCUCUCCCCGCCCCAGACAUUUAAGAAGAUUCACCCUUUUGUUUACACCCAAUGCCAGUCUGUUCACGCGCGCUCCGUUUUUCCUUGCCAGGAUACGCCUGCCGCGCGUGUUUGUUACUCUGCAAAGUUGAAUGUUCCGAGGCAGCUUUCUGCUGUUAUGUCUGCUAGGCAUUGUGACCGUCGUGACCCUGUUGGUAGUGACUUGGAUGGGGUGUUGACAAAGGAGGCGACUGGAUUUGGGUUUGAUUUGAAGUCAUUGUGGUGUGAGGAAGGGAGAAUUGUGGAGGAGUUUGUGAUGGAUCAACCAAUCCCGCCGUAUUUGUUUGCGUUUGCUGUUGGGGAAUUGGGGUUUAGAGAGGUGGGGCCGAGGACUAGGGUUUAUUCGGAGGCAGUUGAUGGGGUUUUGGAUGCUGCUGCGAGGGAGUUUGCGGGGACUGAAGAGAUGAUCAGGCAGGCGGAAAGGUUGUUUGGUGAGUAUGAUUGGGAGAGGUUUGAUUUGUUGGUUUUGCCACCGAGUUUUCCUUAUGGUGGAAUGGAGAACCCAAGGAUGGUGUUUUUGACUCCUACUGUGAUUAAAGGGGAUGCGAGUGGCGCGCAGGUUGUGGCGCAUGAGUUGGCUCAUAGUUGGACUGGGAAUUUGAUUACUAACAAGAAUAAUGAGCAUUUUUGGUUGAAUGAGGGUUUCACAACUUAUGCGGAGAGGAGAAUUGUUGAGGUUGUAAAAGGUGAAGAUAUAGCUGCUCUGAAUGUUGGAAUUGGUUGGAGAGGUUUAAAUGAGGAAAUGGAGAGGUUCAAGGACAACAUGGAGUUCACUAAGCUAAAGAAUAAUCAGGAAGGAGUGGAUCCAGAUGACAUAUACUCCCAAGUGCCAUAUGAGAAGGGUUUCCAGUUUCUCUGGCGCAUUGAACGUCAGAUUGGAAGACCUGCAUUUGAUGAGUUCCUGAAGAAAUAUAUUGCCACCUUCAAGUUCAAGUCAAUUGACACAGAGACAUUUCUUGAUUUUCUGAAAGCCAAUGUACCUGAAAUAGAGAAAGAAAUUGACCUUCAACAAUGGACCGAGGGCACUGGCAUCCCCCCAGAUGCUCAUGAGCCAGUUUCAAACUUAUAUACAAAGAUUGUGUCACUUGCAAAUGAUUUUAAGCUUGGAAGGAUGCCAAGAGAGGAUGAAGUUGCUGACUGGAAAGGACAGGAAUGGGAGCUCUACCUAGAGAAUUUGCCCAAAGCUGUUGAAGCCUCACAGGUCUUAGCCUUAGAUGCACGCUACAGGCUGUCAGAAUCAAAGGACUAUGAGGUGAAAGUGGGAUUUCUCCAACUGGCAAUUUCCUCCAGGUGUAGGGAUUACUAUGGUGAAGUGGAGAAGACUUUGAAGGAAGUUGGGAGGAUGAAGUACCUCCGUCCACUCUACAGUGGUCUUGUCCACGGGGCUGGAAAGGAUGAAGAGAAAAUUUUGGCUAAAAGAGUGUUUGCAGAAGCUCGUGAAUGUUAUCACCCUAUAGCUCAAGGUGUUGUUGAGGCAAUCUUCGCGAAGCACGUGUAGGAUGGGUAUAGCACAAUAUAGUAUCUUAACCUAAACCUUUAAUGGCUUGAGCCUACACAUGUCCUUUGGUGUUCGAGAUCUAGCAGGCCAAUAAUAUGACUUCUGAUUUUGUUAAUAUGUGCAUCUUUCAACACACCGUGCUGCCAUGUCUUACGAGGCAGCUUCAAUGGAAUACCCACUUGUAUCUUGUCACUUUACUCUGGCAAUUCUGCUGGUUUUGCAUGACUAUUACUGCAUGGGCUGUGGAUAUUUUUAGUCUUAUAUAUCUGAAACGGUAUUUUAAGUGAUCA